AGAGGGAAACAAAAUGGCAGCCUCGGUCUGUUGAAAACGUUCCCGAGUCAAAGUUAUAUCGUAUCGUUAUAAAACGGCAUGAGGUUGUAAUAAGCGACACAGAGUCCUCGUUUAAAUAGUCUCCCCUCGUAUAUUUAGUUCCAUCAUCGUCAUGUUCCCGGUCAUCACCCGCAGGACCGUCGGGGCUGUCCGGCUCCUCAUUCCCAGGUGCACCGUGCUCGUGGAGAGUGUCCGCGGCCGAAAGUCUCGGAACGACCCGGUAGCCAAGUCCAAGGUGGGACGAAUUAAAGUCCCUCCUCCGGUAGACCCUGUAGAGAUGGUGGUGUUGAAGGAGAGAUACACGGAGUACAAGUUGAUUAUGAACGCGCUGCGUAUGGAGUUCAGAGAGGAGGUGCUGCGUAAAAAGUAUGAGGAGGAGGUUGGGUCUCAGGCAGAGGAGAGGGCCAAGCAGGAGGCUGAGGAGCAUCGUGCUCUAAUGGAAUUCAACAACCAGGAGAAGGUGCGUAUAUUGAAAUUAAGAAUUUCCAGGUUCCAGAAGGAGAAGGUAGAAGCUGAACAGAAGAUGUUGGCGGAGAGUCUGAAGCAAGAGCAAGAAUUACAAGAAUCCAUAAAAGAGAGCGAGAUGGUGAUUUUACAGCUGCAGGAGGAUGUAAAGAACUUCAUCACUCUGGAGAAUGUGGAUCAACGUAUAGAAGAAGCUUUGGACAAUCCAAAGAAUUACAAUUUUGCCAUCAACAAAGAAGGCAAAGUCAUCAAACAGACGGUGCUGCAGUGAAGCAACAGAAGAGUGUGCGUAUCUGGAUCAACAGAAAGACUGAUGGCACUUCUCAGACAGAUGGUGAAAAACUUUUGGUAUGGGACAGUUGCCAGUACUGCAAAUAAUUGACACACAAUAUCUGGAUUUGUCCACACGUAGAGAAGAUACAGUUAAUAGAAAACCAGUGUGAAGUCAAACUUAAUGAUCACAUGUCCAUGCCCUUUUUUAUCUUUGUUCCUGUACUGUCAACAUAUUAUGUUUCAUUAUCAACUCUGUCUGCCCUGAUUUGUUAUGUACAUGUACAAGUAAAUUAAUGUUUAUUCA